AUGGCCGUCAUAUCUGGCAUGUUCCGGACGGCGUUUGACCGGAUCAGGCCGUCCAUUGCUUCCGCCGCCGAGCUCAGCAGCUCCGGCUUCAACCGCCUGCUCAGCCUCACCGGCUCCUUCAACAGCCGGACCGGCCUUCUUGCCGGCGACGGCGAGGAGGUCCCGCCGGUGUCGCAGGCUCACGAGACGACGACGACGGCGGUGACCUCGUCGUCGAGUGGCGGAGCGUUCGACGUCGAGGCGCUAGCGACGACACGAGAUCAGGCCGUCCGCGAUGACGACGGCGCCGGCGACGAGGCGAAGCGCGUGUCGAAGAGCGUCCAGCCCGUCUGCCUCUCCGUGGCAACGGCGUCCCUGGCCAUGUCCUUCAACCUCCCGGCGAAGGCGUCCGGUGCGCUCUACGUCGCGAACCUGUCCUUCAUCUGCCUGGGCCUGUUCGCCAGCCUCGGCCUGUCCAUGUACACCGUCGUGUCCACGCCCGGCGACGCGGCGGUGGCGAGCGUGCAGAAGCGCGGGAUGCUGCUCGCCAUGGCGUCCGUGCUGGCGGCGUUCACGCUGCGCAUAUGGCCUGGCUCGUCUUCUUCCUCCUCGCCGGCGCCGCCGCGCUCUACCUGA